CAGCGACGAGGAGGGAAAGGAGCCCCGCUCUUAAACACCCAUAGACCUUUCUUUUCAUCCCGUCGCAGUAUAGCAAGAGGCCAGGGGAGGAAGAUAAAUAGCCCUGUGCACGCCUGCUAUUCUGUCACUAUGAUUCUAUACUCUUCACUUCUCGCACCCAGCGCACGUCUUCCACAGGCACUUUUCACACCAUGGGAUUCUCUGGCCUUCCCCGAAGAAAAUAUGCGCAACAAGAGAAGCACGGAGGACGUAAAUCCUACCUCUACUACGCUGAGCGUCGGAAGCUGCACCUCGAAAGCGGGCCAACACUGCCCGAGUAUGCAUCUAACACAAACAUCUCAGCGGCCUCGGUCAGGGGGAAAUGGAGUCGGUUCUGCUCCCAAGCUUGCCAGGACCCAGAUACCCUGCUUAUGAAUCUUACAGCUCCAGAUGUCAAGUCCUGGUUUGACUGGAUUGAGGAAAACUUCUCGGGCUCUAUAAAAGCCCACAGUGCACUUGCAAAUUAUUGGAGAACUCUGAAAAGACUCUAUUUCAUUAAGAACCACAAGGAAAUGGAGCCGAACAUGCAGACAGACUGCCGUAAUUAUAUGAACGUUGUGAGUAGGCGGAUGGGCUUGCGCAGACACCCUCUGCCCAAGCCCACAGCAGCAUCAGAUGACCUUCUAUAUUUUCUUGUCACUCACAUGGCCCAUUGCGACUCGGUGUUUGCUGAUGAGAAGCAACGAUUAUAUGUCUUAGCUGGUCUCAAUUUAUCGAGUAUUUCCGCCUGCCGAGCAGUAUCAUUGUUUGAUACAAGACAUACUGUUAACCUUCAACCUGAUGGACGCCCCCUCGAAACUUCUGGACCCAAGAACCCCGGUAAUCUUACGAAAUGCGAGAGCUCGUUUAACAAGUCAGAGGACGAGGCGCCCUCUGGGGGUUCCAGCCAUACAACGGGUAAAGACACUGAGAUGAGCGAGCUAGAGGAAACUGAUCUGGAUGACAUUUUCAGCCACCACUCCGAUCUGGAAACUGUGAGCGACGUCGACUGUGAUUCAGACGCAUCUAGCGUUACGGAUGACGGGUAUCUUGAGGGCGAUGAAGAGACCAACACUAUCCUUUGGAGAUAUGUUGAAUUCUAUAUUGUUUGUAAUCCGACUCCCGGUGAACACCAUAUCCUCGCUGCUAUCAUAAUGCUGCUUCACACGAAAGGGGAGGACUGAAAGCCGAGAAUGAAGAGGUUUGUGAUCGAACAUGAGAAAAACCUGAUAUUCGACCUAUUAGGUCAGCUGAUGGCGUUGGCUAUUGAUGAUGAUAUAUUUGUCGCGACAAUGAAGGACGUGGUGGAUAUUUAUACUAUGCCCAUCCCUGCCCACCGGAGAGGUAUUCAGAUGAAAAUAAAGAGAGAUAAACUAGACAUCCCAAUAUUUCGGGAGCCCGAGCAUACCGCAGAAGGCUAUCGAACAUCUGAUAGUCAACCACUCAAGUCGCGGACAUGGAGUCGCAUCCUUAAACGACUUGGAAUUCGGGCGGGUCAGGCGCAUAAUCUGACAUAGAAAGUGCUUCGCCGGGGUGGAAUCAACGCGAUUAACA